AUGGGGCUCGCGCAGUCGCAGCUGCUGCAGGUCCCCGAGGCGGUGGCCGGCGAGCUGUGGUCUCGGCUCGCGCCAUCGGCGGCUCUGUCGGCUGCAGACCCCGCCAGGCGGGUGGAGGUGCUCCCGUACCACGCCGCAGAGCCGCUCAAGCUCGCGUGGCCGGACGCGGACUGCAGCGGGCCAUACGAGGCGCGCGUUUCCCUCGUCAGCCGCGAGGAGUGGCGGGAGGCGCUGCUCGCCGCGUGCGCCGCCGCCGUGUCCGCGGGGCCAGGCAAGACUCCGCAGGUGGGCGAGCACCGCGGCGCUGCGGACUGGAGCCGCGUCAGUUCGUGCUACGGCGCCUCCGCCUCCAUCACAGCCGAGGCGCUCGCCGCGCCCGGCGCGACGGAGGCCCUCGUCGCCUCCCUGAUGGAGCGCGCGGCCGACAAGGGCCUCGGCAGUCGCGUCCUCCUCUCGGCGUCCACAGAGGCCGAGUUUGCGCGCCUGGUCCAGCCAUACGUUGACUCCUCGGACGAGGCGGAGGGCGGCGCGUUGUGGCCGCUCGUGCACCGGGCCACGCUGUUCGCCCCCUUCUCGCUCCUCAGCGCCGGACUGCGACUGUACGAUGUGCCGGGCACGCACGACGAGAACCAGGCGCGCGCCCUGUCGAUGCGCUCCAUCAUCGCGUCGGCGCACACCGUGCUGAUCACGUCCAACAUCCGGCGCGCGUGCAACGACAAGUCGGCCAAGGACCUGAUGCCGCUGCCGCUCCGGCGCGAGCUGCUGCAGCGAGGGUCGAUGGGCGAGCUGGCCUUCGUCGCCUCGCAGGCCGACAUCUUCAACCGCAGCGAGCUGGUCGAGAACCUGCGCCUCGACGAGACAACGCCGCCGCUGCAGUGCGCACUCGCGCGCAACGCCUUCACCAAGCGCGAGCUCACCAAGUCCUUCACGCAGAACGUGCCCCUCGCCUCGCUCGGCGCCCGCCCGCCCCCCGAGGCGUGGCACGAGGCCCCCUUCAAGCUGCCCGUCUUUACGGUGAGCGCGGUUGAGCACCGCAAGCUGCUCGCCAGCGCCGGCGGGGGCGGGACGACCACCGAAUCGAUCUAA